CACACCUCGGCUCACUUGGCAGCGCGGCGAGGCGCUGCCGGGAGUCCCAGCGGCUGCACCCCGGCGUACGGGAGCGAUCUGCCCAUGGGCUCCCGCCUGCUGCUGGUGCUGAUGCUGCUCCAGGCAGUUUGGAAAGGUGCUCUGGGAAAAUCCCACUCACUGCACACCCGAGGAAUCAUCGAAUUGGCAGGAGCUAUAUCGUGUGGCACGGGACGGUCUCCCUUGGCAUACAUUGGCUACGGGUGCUACUGUGGGCUGGGAGGACAAGGCUGGCCUAAAGAUAAAACAGACUGGUGCUGCCACAGGCAUGACUGCUGCUAUGACAAGGCAGAGAAGGAAGGCUGCAGCCCCAAGGCACAGCGGUACGAGUGGGCAUGCGAGCGGAAUGCCGUGCGGUGCGAUAACCUGACAGACCGAUGUGAAAAAAUGGUGUGCCUGUGUGACCAAGCAGCAGCCAAGUGUUGGAGAGCAGCCCCAUACAACCCACACUUCAUCCUCUGGCCAGACUUUUUAUGUGGACACACUCAUCCCACCUGCCAUUUCAGAUAUAGAGGGGCAGAAUAGCCUUUUUGGGACCUUUCUUCUAACCCUUUGAAUCUGAAGGUGCUGGAAUAAAAUUUUACCUC